AUGUCUCUACGUAUGCGCAACGUAUUUGCCGUCGUGUUGCUAAGUGUUGGGGAAUGGAGUAACACACAGUUCGGCUCUUACACCGCUAUCUCGCCAUCAGUUCGUUAUGCAGUAGCGUGUGUCCUUGCAGUUAGCGCUGGAUCCAUCAGUAUUGUGCUCACAGCAUUUUUGCAUAUAUGCGGUUGUUGGCAAAAUCCGAACCAAAACAGAUACAAGUUCAUAUGUGUUUUUCUUGUCCUUCUUGGAGUUCUUGGAAUACAGAUUUCCGGAGCUGCUUUAGGAUACAUUAAUCGCGGCAAGAUCAAGGAUACACUUUCCGAUGACGUGGUUAAGGCGAUCCGAGAACUUUAUGGAAUAGAAACCGACCCUUCUAGUGCCAUUGAUGCUCUGCAAGAAAAGGAGGAGUGCUGCGGCUGGUACAACUACACCGACUGGCGAGACUCCAGGUAUGCCAGAGAAGUCACCGUCUUGAAUGAUUCCGUUGUUCCCGAUAGCUGCUGUGUUAAAGGACCAAGAGAACGUUUUCACUGUGGAAGACAUUUUAGUGUAAAUAAUAUUUACACCAAGGGUUGUCAGGGUGUGUUCUUGUACAAGUUAAUCAAAGACAAGCUUUAUACUGUUGCAGUCGUCGCUACAAUUACAAUCGUCAUCCAGGUUCUCGCUAUGGGGCUUCUCACGCUUCUUAUCUUUAGAAAGAAACCGGAGUUUCCUGAUCGCAACGAAGAGAAACGCAUUUGUAGAUCGCGCUUUUGGCAAGAAUUCUGCGAAGAUUAGACUUCACUUUUACAGAUUUCAACCCUUGUUAAUACGAACACGUAGGCAACCAUAUUAGAUUCCUUUCCUUGUAAACGGACUCUUCUUUGGAAUGGUCUGGAUCAUGAUCAAGAAUCCAAGAUCACUCAGAU